GACAGCCAUCACGGCCACUGAUCGUCACGCGUACUGUUGCAGCGUUCUCUUUCGUUCAUGGUGCGUGGUAUCGUUUAGGUGUUGUCACGAUGAAGCUGAACGUAUCGUAUCCCGCGACAGGAUGUCAAAAGCUGUUCGAGAUUUCGGAUGAGCACAAGCUAAGAAUCUUUUACGAGAAGCGUAUGGGCGCUGAGGUUGAGGCCGAUGCGCUUGGAGAUGAGUGGAAAGGAUAUGUUGUCCGCAUCUCCGGCGGUAACGACAAACAAGGCUUUCCGAUGAAGCAGGGUGUCUUAACAAACGGUCGUGUACGUUUGUUGCUGUCCAAGGGACAUUCCUGCUACAGACCCCGACGCGACGGUGAACGUAAACGCAAGUCUGUCCGUGGUUGUAUCGUAGACUCAAACUUGUCUGUACUGGCUCUCGUCAUUGUCAGAAAAGGCAAGCAGGAAAUCCCAGAGUUGACGGACAAGAACGUGCCACGUCGUCUGGGACCAAAGAGGGCGAGUAAGAUUCGCAAGCUCUUCAAUUUGUCCAAGAAGGACGACGUCCGUCAAUUCGUGGUGAAACGUCCUGUACAAAAAGAAGGAAAGAAGGAACGUUUGAAGGCGCCGAAAAUUCAGCGCCUUAUUACUCCAAUUGUUCUUCAGAGGAAGAGACAUAGGUUGGCGUUGAAGAAGAAGCGUUGCCUGGCACGCAAGGAGCAAGCCGCCGAGUACGCGAAGCUUCUGGCGCAGAGGCAGAAGGAGGCGAAGAACAGACGCCAGGAGGAGCUGAAACGAAGACGCAGCGCCUCUAUGCGCGAUUCUAAAUCCUCCAGCCAGUCGGCGCCUACGUCGCAAAAGUGAAACGACUGAACUCCUACAAUGUAUUUACAAAUUAAUAAAAACAGUCCAAAUUACGUUAC